AUGUUGUUCCUGUUGGUCUUAUCGGCUGCGUUCGCCAAUGUCUAUGGAUACAAGAUCCUUAUCGUAGUCCCGAAAGCAGCCUACAGCCAUAUGAACUUUAUGGGAAAAGUUGCCGAUACCCUUGUGGAUGCUGGACAUGAUGUGGUUGCCCUUCAACCCCUGAUUCAACCACUUGCUGGGAAUGGUACUCGAAAAUCACGCAUAAUUCAAAUAGAAGUAGACAAAGAAUUGACUGAGAGUUUGAUGGACGCUAAACAUCAUCAUGGACAAAGAUGGACGGACAGCACAAUGAAUCCGCUGAGCAUCUUGAAGAAUAUACAGUUUCUCCAAGUCAUCACGUCUAAAACUGUGGCAAAACUUCUUAGCGAAAAGGAGCUACUAGAAAGACUGAAAUUAGAAAAUUUUGACGUCGGCAUCACCGAAUUGUUUGAUUUUUCUGGCAUAGCCGUCUUCGAAGCCAUUGGGCUCAAAAAUGUCGUUGGAACUCAUUCGUCAUCUCUGCUGGAGGGAACGGCUUAUUCUAUUGGUGUACCCGUGAUUCCGAGUUUUAUGCCAGCCUCGGCUGGAGUCACCGACGACUCCACAUCUUUCUCGAAUCGCUUGAGCAAUGUCUUCUUCACAUGGAUUUCCUGCUACUUCCAAAGGAGUUUAGCAAACGCAGCCGAGACCGUGAUGAAAGAGAAGCUUGGAGAAAAUAUUACCCCUAUUUGGGAUAUCGUAUCUAACAUGUCAUGGAUAAUAACAAAUACCGAGCCAUUCCUGGAUUUUGCCAAACCUACAUUGCAUAAAGUGGUCGAUGUAGGUGGAAUUGGUGUCCAUAAACCAAAGUCGCUUGAUAAAAAAUGGAGUACGGUAUUGAGUCGACGGCCACACAAUGUGCUAAUCUGCUUUGGAAGUCAUAUGCAGAGCACUCAAAUGCCGGAGAAAGCCAAAGCCGCCCUUGUAAAAGUUUUUAAAUCCUUUUCUCACAUCACUUUUAUCUGGAAAUACGAAGACCCAAAAAAUGCACAAUUUGCCGGAGUUGAGAAUCUGUACCUGUCAGAAUGGCUCCCUCAAAAUGACUUACUUGCCGAUGACCGUCUCACUUUGUUUAUAACACAUGGAGGAGCUGGAAGCUUGAUGGAAAGCGCCACUUAUGGCAAACCUCUCAUACUCAUCCCAUUUUUCGGUGAUCAAACCCGAAAUGCCAAAUUGGCCGCAAAGUUCGGAAUUGGCAUUCACUUGAACAAGGCAUCGUUGUUCGACAGCAACGCACUGCGACAAGCGAUCGAAAGCAUUCUAAAAGACGAAAGGUACACCAAAGCAGCUCAUCGUAUGCGUGAUCUACUAAGGAAACGACCCUUCACACCUGAGCAGAAAAUGUUGUCGCUGUUUCUGCUUUUACUAGCUGUCUGCGACGGCGGUACCCAUAAUAUUCUAGUAGUUAUUCCUAAAAUGGGCUAUAGCCAUAUGAAUUUCUUAGGAUGUAUAGCGGAUACUCUGGUGGAUGCCGGACAUAAUGUGGUCUCUUUACAACCGCUUAUUUUCCCCCAUGAUAGUAACGGGACGAAGAGGUCCCGUCUGAUUCAAGUUGACGUUGAUGCUACAUUAGCUGAAGAAUUGAUCUCUACACAAAGUAUGACGCAGGGGCUCAUGUGGAUGGCUAGCGCUGCAAAUCCUUUAGGAAUCCUUGGACCUCUGCCGUUCCUCAAAAGAAUCGUGACGAAAUCUGUAACAAAACUGUUGGAAAAUGAGGAGUUAUUGGAGAUGUUGAGAUCAGAAAAGUUCGAUUUGGGCAUUACCGAGUUAUUUGAUUUCACUGGCGUAGCUGUUUUUGAGGCGAUUGGACUCAAAAACAUGAUUGGAGUCCAUACACAGUCAUCAAUAAUGGAGGGAACUGCUUACGCUAUUGGAAUUCCUGUGAUACCUAGUUUUAUGCCAGCUUCACAAGCUGUCACGGACGACUCGACUUCCUUCACGACUCGCGUCAUAAACAUUGUGUUUACAUAUCUUUCCUAUUUCUUUCAAACAAGUGUCGCCAACAGUGCCGAAAAAGCGAUGAGGGCAAAGUUGGGCAGCUCUGCGACACCCAUCUGGGAUACGGUAGCAAACAUGUCAUGGAUUCUAAGCAAUUCUGAACCACUGUUAGAAUAUGGCAAGCCAACUCUUCAUAAGGUUGUUGAUCUUGGAGGCAUCGGUGUACACAAACCGAAGCCGCUAGAAGAGUUGAGGAAAUGGCACAAAAUUCUGAAUCUCCGCAAGCACACUGUGUUGAUCUCAUUUGGAAGCGUUGCACCCAGCAUCUUCAUGCCACUUGCAAUCAAGAGAGCUUUCAUCGAAGUUAUCAAAUCCUAUCCGUAUGUCACUUUCAUAUGGAAAUACGAAGAGCCGGAAAAUGCCCCAUUUGCAGAAGGAGUCGAAAAUCUUGUUCUAUCGCGAUGGACUCCUCAAAUAGAACUAAUAGCGGAUGAGCGCCUCACCUUAUUCGUUACUCACGGCGGAUCAGGAAGCAUGUUGGAAAGCGCAACUCAUGGGAAACCACUGAUUGUCGUUCCUCUUUUCGGUGACCAGACAAGAAAUGCAAAGAUUAUCGCGCGGUUCGGUUUUGGAAUUCAUCUGCACAAGGCGUCUUUAUACGAUAGCAGUGUGCUGCGCGACGCAAUAGGAACGAUAAUGAACGAUACGAGAUACACGGAAGCAGCUCAUCGAAUUCGCGAUAUUUUGGCUGAGCGACCUUUUACUCCUGCUCAAAAACUUUUGAAAACAGUGGAACUAGCAGUCAAGUUCGGCCAUAUACCUGAACUACUAGUCUCAGGACGUCAUCUUGGUUUUAUCACUUACUAUAAUAUAGAUAUACUCGUAGUCUUUCUUGCAAUUUGUUCAUCAAUCACAUUCGUACUAAUAUAUGUCUUGCGAAGGUACAUUAGGAAUAGGAGGACAUCUGCUAAGGCUAAAACACAAUGA